CUGAAAGGCAGCACUGAUACAUGGCACUGAUAUAUGGUACUGAUAUAUGGCACUGUUAGGUGGCACUGACUGGCACUGUUAGGCGGCACUGACUGACACUGAUAGGUGGCACUGAUGCACACUGAUAGGCGGCACUGACUGGCGCUGAUAAGCGGCACUGACGGACACUGAUAGGUGGCACUGAUUGGCAGCACUGAUAGGCAUUGAUAGGUGGCACUGACUGGCACUGAUGGAUGACACUGAAAGGCAGCUCACAUGGGCACUGAUAUGUGGCAUUGAUGUGCACUGGUAUGCACUGAUAUGUGGCAUUGAUGUGGCACUGAUCGGCACUGACAGCUGGCACUGUUGGGGCUACACUGAUCAUCAGGGCACACUGAUCAUCACUGUCAGCGUGACAGCUCGAGAG